AUGUCCGCGAUAUUAGCAGAUGCAGAGUCUCGCGGAGCGGAUCCAGCCGUUGGAGAAUCAGGCUUGAGCCAGGCUUUGCUAGGCUCGGGAGUUUUCAAGGUUCGGGACUCCGUGGCUGGCCCGUUGGCUCGGCACGUCCAGCGGAUCGAGGCUCGGCUAGACCCUAAGCUGUUCCCUCCACCCAACAACGCGGUGACCCUGUGGGACGCUGACAGGGACGGGAUUCUCCGACCAGAUGCAUCAACGGUGGAGAUGCAGCGAGAGGGGACCAGUGAAUUAUCUGUGGAGCUUCGUGUGGAGCUGAAGCAGGGGGAGGAAGUGUACAGUGUGGGAGAGCGGUUGGGAGCGGUGGUGGGGAUGAGUGUGGCGACCAGGCUGCAAGUAUUGAAGGGCCUUUGGAAUCAUAUAAAGGCUAACAAGCUGCAGGAUCCCUCAGACCCUUCUUCCUUCACCUGCGAUGCCACCCUCCAAGCCAUCUUCAACCAAGACAAGCUCAAAAUCUCCUCCCUCCCUAUCCACAUCUCCCCGUUCCUCUCUCCUCCACCGCCUCUCACCAUCACCCACCGUAUCUCCCUCGCCACCUCCCCCACACACUCCGCCACUCUCCCUUCUUUAGAUCCCUCCUUUCAUCCGCUGGGCCCACCCACCAGCCUUCCUUCGUAUGAGACCCUGCCCCCUGUUUCGGCCGACACAUGUGUGGAUGUGACUGUAACAGAAGCUCCUGCUCUCGCAGCCGAAACAGCCCGUGUGAUUGCAGCGAUGGGACAACAGCCGGAGAUAGACGCGAUUGAUGCUGCCGUGGCAAAAGACGCAGAGCUUUUAGCUAAGCACCGGCGGCGGCGCGCCUUUUUCCUAGCGUUUUCACACUCUCCUGGGGAGUUUAUCAGGGACUUGAUGGUUUCGCAGCAGAGAGAUCUGGAUCAGAUGCAGCAGGGAGGAGUGGAAGGUGCUGGAAAUGCACAUGCGUUUGGUCCUGAGGGUGCUGACCAAGAUGCAGAGUUUUAUGCUCUACCAUGGGUGGAUGAUGCUCUUCUGAGCGUCGUCGUCGAAACCCUGCGCGACCGCGAAAACGUCAGUUUGCGGCGCAUGCAUCUCCUCUCCGAGGUCGAUAUUAGCUAUGUUCCCCCACCGUCCUUCCUUGUCGGCGUCACACCCUGCCACACACGCUUCCCCUCGUCGACGUCGCCGUCCCCCACGCUUCCCCCCACCGUCGCCCGCGCUUCUUCCCGCUGUCGAUCACACUUCACUCCGUCGUUGACCACGCUCUUCCUCCCGUCACCCACGCUUCCCCCCACUGUCGCUUACGCUCCCACCCACCGUCGCUUUCACACUUUCCCCCACCGUCGCCCUCGCUUUCCGCCACCGUCGCUCACGCUUUCCCUUACCGCUGCUCACGCUCCCUCCUGCCUUCCCCCACGCUUCCCCACACCGUCGCUCGCGCCCUCCCCCACCUUCCCUCACGCUUCCCCGCACAUCACCCACGCUUUCCCCCACCGUCGCGCUCGCUUCCUCCCACCGUCGCCCACGCUUUCCCCCACCGUCGCGCUCGCUUCCUCCCACCGUCGCCCACGCUUUCCCCCACCGUCGCGCUCGCUUCCUCCCACCGUCGCCCACGCUUUCCCCCACCGUCGCGCUCGCUUCCUCCCACCGUCGCCCACGCUUUCCCCCACCGUCGCCCACGCUUCAUCUCACCGUCGCCCACGCUUCCUCUCACCGUCGCCCACGCUUUCCCCCACCGUCGCCCACGCUUCCUCUCACCGUCGCCCACGCUUCCCCUCACUGUCGCCCAUGGCAGGUGGUGGUGCGGCUUUGGAGCAGAGUGUUGGGCGCACAGCCAGGGCAGCGCGUGCAGGCGGGCAGCAAGGAGUGCAGUGCUGCAGGGGGCUGUCGUCCUCCUCUCCCUCUCUCUUCCUCCCUUCCUCCAUCUAUCCCACACUCUCUGCCUCACUACCCUCUUUCCCCUUUCUGUUGCCCGUUCUCCCUCCCUUCCUCCCGCCCUCCCUUCCUGCCAUUCUCCCUCUCCUCAUCCUCCCUCGAUCCAGUCCCCCUUUCCCUUUCCAUCUCCCUCUCGCCCACUCCCUUCCUCAUGCCAACCCUGCUCCUCCGUUCCACCCAUCCUCUCAUCCGCCCAUCCUCUCAUCCGCCCAUCCUCUCAUCCGCCCAUCCUCACUCCGUCGCCCUCACUGCCUCCCACUCUCCCUACACUCCCUCCCACCGUCACCCACGCUCCCCCCACACCCUUGUACCCUUCUUUCCUUCUCUCUGAUUCUCCCUUCUCCCCGUUCCUCCCUUAUACCCUGCCACACUUUUACCUCCCUCACUUUCUCCCAUCCGCCCUUCCUCCAAGCCUCCCUCCUCCCUACCACUCUCCCACCCACUCUUUCUUUCAUCCUCCUGCCUCUCCACCCUGCUGCCCUUUUUUUCAAGCUGCCAUCUUCCGAUAUUCCUAUCCUCCGCCUUUCUGUCUGA